AUGGAGGAGGAGGCCGCGGAGGUGGAGGUAAUUCGUGCUCCCAAGAGGCAUAGAUCUAUGGGAAUCGCUGACCAGCAAGUACCACCAAGGGUCAACAACAAGGAGCGGGGAAGUCUUGACGACCUAGAUCUCAUUAGCCGCCUCCCUGAUUUCUGGCUUGGAACCAUCAUCUCCCUCCUUCCCACCAAGGAUGGUGCCCGCACGCAAGCCAUCUCUCGUCGGUGGCGUCCUCUCUGGCGCUCCUCCAAUGCGCCUCUCAACCUUGGCGCUGAUAAUAAUCUUUGUGACAGCAAUUCGCGUGUCGCGCUGGUCUCCAGGAUCCUCUCCGACCAUCCCGGCCCGGCCCGUCGAAUCUCGCUGCACCUCAUCUUCUUCCCCAACAUCCUAGGCGAGGUCGACGGUUGGUUUCACUCCAGGGCGCUCACUGGCCUCCAGGACCUCGAGGUCACCAACUUGAAGAGGACGAACCACUACCCGCUACCUCCGCACUCGCUGACACGCUUCGCGCCCACACUGUUUGUGCUUAGGCUUGGCGGCUGCCAAUUCCCCGGCCUGUCUGCGCUGCCAAGUUUUUCGCACCUCAAGCAGCUCAUCCUGUUCGAUGUUGGCAUCUCGGAGGACUCUUUGCAAAACAUGAUCUCCCGAUGUGUUGUUCUGGAAAGUGUCUCACUACAUAACAUGGGUUUUGGUCGCCUUUGCAUUAGCUCGCCCACUCUCAAGAGCAUCGGCUUCUAUGCUCCUCGCGUCAAAGAUGCCAUCACCUUCCAGGAGCUGGUCAUUGACGAUGCACCUUGCCUUGAGAGGUUGCUACCGAUUUAUCCAGAUGAUGGUCCGGUGACCAUACGAGUCAUCCGGGCUCCUAAAUUGGAGGUACUUGGUUUUUUGUCUGAAGGCAUAUCUACACUCCACCUUGGAACCAGAGUCUUUCAGAAAAUGAUUGCUGUCACCAUGACAACCAAAAUGCGCUCAGUGAAGAUUUUGGUUCUUGAAUCAAGUCCUAAUCUGGAUUUAGUUAUUGACUUCCUCAUGUGCUUUCCCUGCUUGGUGAAGCUCUAUGUCAUUUUGAAUGCAGGAAAGAAUAUGAAUAUUGUGCGGAAGUAUGAUCAACUUGAUACAAUUGAAUGCCUUGAACUCCAUCUAAAAGAAGUGGUUCUCAAGAAUUACUGCGGUGGUUAUAGGCCAUUUUUUGACUUUGCCAAGUUCUUUCUUUUGAAUGCCAAAGUGCUGAAUAAAAUGGAAAUCGGAGGCUCUUAUUACCGCAACGACGACUGUUAUUUAAGGCUGCUACAAGUGGAGAAUAGAGCUUCUCAAGGUGCGCGAAUUGAAGUAAACAGAAAUAUAUUCACUCGCCACGUACAUACCCAUGAUUUGUCAAUGGCUGAUCCCUUCGACUGAUUCGUAUGUGGAUGCUCCAACUGUGUUAGACUGUGUUGCCCUUUGUCCAAAGUCCAAAAAAAAGUGGCUGCCUUUGCUUGUCUGUCUAGUGUUGUCACACCCUUAUAACGCUCUACAAAAUGGUCUAUUCACUUCAGCAAUGGAAUGCUUUGUCAGCUACUAUGGAGGAAACCAGGAUUGAGGCCUGAGGGGGUGGUGCCCAAGCCAAAGAUUAAAGUCGAAACUUGCAAAUGCACAAGGUGCUUGAAUGUUACUGGUAUUUGUGUGUUUUUAUGUUUAUUUGGUAUUCUUGCUAGUUCUCUCCUACUCAAUGUCAUUGUAAGCUGAGACCAUCUAUAUAUUAGCUACAGCUGAUAUAUUUGUGUAUUUGCUUUAA